CAGUUCCAACCUUGGUUGCGUGUAGAUUGCUCGUGCCGGUUCGACGUGAAGAGGUAUCAAUUCGCCAAGAGUUGUACUUUGUGACUGAGAAAAAGUCACGGAAAUCUCGUGGCGUGCGCGGGAGUGCGAAGAAAAGGUGUCCAUGUGAGUGAAGGUGCCGUCGUGAUUAUCUUUGCCAGCUGUCGUGACCGUGAAGAGUGUGCAAGACGUGUCCGCUAAAUGACAUUUGAGGCAGCGUGAGCCAAGGCAUCCCUGGAAGCAGCGCGACCCGACGACCAGUGAGGAAUUUUGUGGUGAAACGGAGGAUUCUGUCUUGAGGCAUCUCUGCAAAAUGUCGUGCUCACGUGGAUUGAAGUGUUGUCUAAAUUUAAAUCAUGUUCUCGUGCUGUUCUUCGUGGUGUGCAGUUUAUUUCUGGUGGAUUCACUCGCAGUGGCCAAGAAUGUGAAUCACCAUCAUCAGGACAUGAGUGAGGCGAAUGAGGGCUCGUGCGAUGGUGUGAGGAGCUUCUUCGACACUAUCAAUGUCACCGUUCCGGAUCGCGCCACAGAUUCAGGCUCAAUAUGCAGUGGACGAUGCUGCAGCAAUGCCACUGAGGACGAACUGAUGAUGAAGUCAACGAACAAUUUCAAGCAGAUUCUGCGACAUCACACAAGAAGUCUCCGAGGAAUACUCGAAUCGACAGCUACCAUUUUUCGUGAAAACGUAAUUCAAUUGUCACUUCAGUCAGAGAACAAGACACUGAAUUUAUUCAACCAAGUUUACCGGCGGAUGUCACCUUUUUCGCGACAACCAAUUUCAGACCUGUACCAGAGCAUUCGAAGUCACAUAUCACCGAAUUCCUACACGGACAAUCUCGAUAUCGAGAAGGUGGUCACGAACUUCUUCGUGAGCCUCUUUCCCGUGGCAUAUCACCAUGUGCUGCACGCGGAGAGUGACACGCACAGCAGUGACUUCCAUGUUGACUAUAAGAACUGCCUGAUGCACACAUUUGACGACAUCCAACCGUUCGGCGACAUCCCGAAGACCGUGGCCAGGAGUCUGCAGCAGAGCGUGGGUGCGGCCACGGUGUUUGUGCGCGCUCUGGACCGCGGCGCUGAUGUGCUGGCCAGCACCGAGGAAUUGGACUCUGAGUAUCUGACGCACAAGUGCAAGAUGCACCUCCUCAAGAUGAGCUACUGCCCCGUGUGCCGCGGCUACGCGAAGGGGCACGUGAAGAGCUGCAGCAGUUACUGCAUCAAUGUAAUGAGAGGCUGCUUGACACAGUACGUGGGCAGCCUGGACAGCCCGUGGACCAGCUUCGCCGAGUCCAUGGAGCGCCUCCUCGGGCUGGUGCGCACGAGGGAGGGCAUCGAGGCUGUCAUCAAGACACUGGAAGUGAAACUCUCAGAAGCCAUCAUGCAUGCCAUGCAGAAUGGACCGGAGCUGGAGAAGAAGGUGAAAAAAGCAUGCGGAGCACCAACUCUGCUGCCAACUGAGAAGACAACGAUCGUGGAGAAGCGGAUGCAACUCACCGGAAUGCCACAGAAAUGGAUGUCACCACUGGACCCGGACAUGCUUCGUUUCCUCUCCACCAUAGACAAAUCCAAGGACUUCUAUUCCAAGAUUGUCACGAGCAUUUGCGAUGACGAGGAGUACGAGCGGGAGGACAAGGGCUGCUGGACCGGGGACAGGAUCGGCGAGUACAGCCACGGAGUGAUGCCCACGGGCGCCAACUCGCAGAAGUACAAUCCCGAGGUGCCGCUGGAGAAUCCCUACCGUGCCAAUACCAAAAUAAACGAAUUAGUCGACAAAUUAAUCAACCUGCGACAAACUGUGGCGAAUGCGAUAAGUCAGCAUUCUAACCACGUGGAUUCGGACAAGAUGCAGUCGGACAUGGCAGAAGGCUCCGCCUGGAGUUCUGACAACAUCGAUGACACUGAUCUGGAUGGCGUGGAAGCGUCAGGAUCGGGUGACGGAGGCAUUUAUGGACGCGCCGGAUCGGUUCCAUUCGACACCACACGAUCACCAGCUAUGCAUCCCGGCGGCGUGGCGCCUCCUGGCCACGGCGGAGCCGCAAAGGGUGCACCGCUGUCGCGUCUUCUCGUGGUGGCGCUCAUCAGCAUCGCGAGCAUGCUGGCCAGCAGUCACUGAAGGUCCUCCUGGACACCGUGGCGAGUCUCUUGCGAAGCAAUCCAUCUCCCCAAUUGACGAUCCCUCCCCAGUCACGAUCGCCCCGGAGGAGAUCCUCGGAUGGACACACAUGAUAAUCCUAAUCUGACUGUUCUUUCGAUGUGAAUCUUGUUUCUACUUUGCGGAUGGCGAUGAAAGUGGAGGAAGUCCCAAAAUGCCACACUAUUUUGUUGGAGAGCAAUAAUUUGUGUCUAUUUUAUUUACUAAUUCUUACUGUAUAUACUCCGUUUCUAUUGUAUUUUUUUUUAUUUUAGGAACUAAACAAAUUGCAAAAAUUAUGCUUUGUACUCAAAGUCCCAAUUUUUUAAAUAGUUUCCCAGCAAAUUGCAGGGCGUUUCAAAGUUUUUUUUUGUGUCACAAGAAGACAGUUGUAAUUGAAACUGGAGAGGAAGAUAUAAAUGAAAGUUUUUUGGCCAAUCAUAUAUAUUUAAUUGUGCAAGAAAAUGGGAUGCAGGAGAACACAAGAUCAUUGGAGAAAAAAAAUAUCGUGUUACAUUUAUACAUAUAGGAAAUAUUCAAGAAACAGAAGAUAUCUUAUAAAUGUAAUAAAAAAUAAAUAAUUUAUUAAGUGUAAAUAGGACACAAAUCCGUGGAAAGCAGGUGGAGAAAAAUAGUCCUUUUGCGAAUGCGACGAAGAUGGAGAAUGCCUAAAGGAAACUGCUAAGAAAGUGUGAAUGCGCAAAAUAAUUGAGUGGUCAUAGAAAAAUGGUCUAAAGAGUGGGCAAAAAAUUUUGCAGAAAAAUUCCAAAUUUGUCCAAAUUGCAAUACUAUACAUGUUGAUUAAUUUAUUUUAAAGUAAAAAAAAAAACACAAAUACCGCCCCAUUUUGUCAUUUAACGUCGUCAUUUGAUCGCCCUCCUUAGUGAAUGAUUGCGAUUGGUUGAUUAAUAAAACUGUGAUUGAGAUAAAACUAAUUUUUAAACCUAAAGAUGAUGAGAAAAAAUAGGGAAAAUCUAAGAAAAAAAAAUGGAGAAAGAGGUGAAGAAUAUUAGUGUGUAUAGAAAGUAUUUCUAUUUAAGUUGUAAUUUUACAAGAAAAUCAGAUACAAAUUAUAUAUCAUUUUAUCAAUUUUCUGUGUAAUCAUUUUUUUUGUGAAUGGAGAAAAUUCUUUAAAUUGCAUUUAUUUCGAUAGGGAAAAAUGUACCAAGAGAGAGAGAGAGAGAAGGGAGAUUCUGGAAAUUGUUGAGAAAAGUCAAGAAGAUGGAAAAAUUGUUGAUAAAGUCGUAUACAAAUGCACUAUAAGUUUGUUAUGAGAGGAGAGAAAAGCAUUCAAGCAGAGAUGCCCAUCGUGAAAAUUGAAAUCUGCAGUCACGUGGGCUUGCAGGAGUUUUUAUUGUAGUGAAGGAGGAGGAAAAAAUCGAAGCCAUAUAAACUGUAAAUACUAUAUAUUAUUAUAUUUUUGUUGAAAGUACAGAAAUUGAGGAAAAAAAAAUACCGUAAACACUGAUUUUAAAAAUGAGCUAAACAACUUUCGCUUCUCUAAAACCACAAUUUGUACAAUAAAGUAUGCAUGGAGACAUUUAUAAAUGUCACACAAUUUAUGAUUUUCAAAUAGAGAUUGAUGAAAACCACUAAACAA